AUGCAUCGCUUCUUCAUCGUCACGCUCGUCUACAAUGCCAUGAUCGUCGCUGUUCUCAGUGUUCCACUAUUUUCGUUACAGUCGAAUGCACUGGCUCUGGCCGACUCAAAAUCUACUGGAAAGCCAGAAUUGGUAAAGGUAGGCGAAGUAGCUGAGUCAAUCCUUAACAGAUUGGGAUUCGGCAUUAAAGAUAACAAAAGUGUACGAAAGGCUCCACUAUCAUCUUAUUUCUUUAAUUGGCUUAAGACGGACGACCUCAAUGCGGUAAUCGCAGAGGCGAGUGCCAACCGCGUCGACUUACAAGGAAUAGCUUCUGGUCAGAUACCAGGUCUGGCUCCAAUUCCUGUUCCCGGAUAUCCUGGACCUCAAGAUGUGCCAGUAAUCCCAGGAGUGAAUACCAUCCCUGGUCUCAGUAAUUUCAAUUAUCUGGUAGGCCAACUGUUCCCGCAGAUGAUCCCACCAGCCAAUACUCUUCUGGGCUCGUCGAUUAGUCGAAUUUUACCUAAAGAAUCAACCAAAAAUCUGGCUAAAGACCUGUCCACCCUGCCGCCGAAAACGUGGAUUUUGUUUAAAGGUUAUAGCAAUGUCGGCGCUCUCACCAACAACACUUAUUCUGCCUCAUUCACAACGUUGAAGUUCUACAGAGAAGGAAAUCCUAAUGGAUCUCCAAGAUUCGCGCUUGGCUAUGGAUUUAAGUCUGGAGAAACCGGUCAAUUUGUGCUACAUAGCAGCAACUCACCCGAUGCUGAACCAUUUUGGGUAAUUAAAAAAGGGCCGCUAAACGAGUUCAAUCAGUAUGAUUAUGCCAUCAUUUCUACUUGGGUCCGAUUUCCUGUUUUUGUGAUUGCACGCGAUCCGGAACGAUUCCGAAAGGAGCAUAUGAAGAGCGUACUGCAAUUCCUUGAGGAUAACAAUUACAUCAACGUGAUGACAAAAGCAUUCAACAUGAUCUCACCGGUUGACUAUGAAGCUUGCCAAUAUACGCCGACAUUUUCUGGUGCCGGCAAAUAA